UUGCCCUUGAGGGGUUAAUAACAGAGCCGUCGGGAGACCGGUAGUCUGUCGAACUGAACUGGAACUGAAACCUUUGUAACUGCAACCAAAUAACAGCCAAGUCCAUCAACUUCUCUCUAAAUUUCAAUUCAAUGAGCCAUCAAAACCUCGACGAAUCAAACAUCCUCAAAACGACAAUACAAGAUAACACAAUCCUGAAACAAGUUCGAGUUCCAGAAGUGGAAGCUAUUGAUGAGGACUUGCAUAGACUCCUCGUACCUGAUGUCUGCAAUCUUCCUCUCGUUCCUCCCUCUGCAAUCGAAACUAACUUCGUCUCGUAUUUCGCUAAAGAUUUUAUGAAGGCAGGGCACGACCAGUAUGUUUAUCGCCAUGCCAAUGGUUUAUGUGUGAUCGGUCUGGCUCCUACCCAUAUGGCUUUUAAGGAUGAAGGAGGAAUCAGCACCGUUGAUUUUAAUGUUGGAAAGUCUGAUCGGAGUGGCAUUAAGGUUACUGGGAAGCGCAAAAAGAAUGCACAGCACUUCGAGUCUAACACAGCUCUUUGUAAAGUUUGCACAAAAGAUUCUUCCUAUAUUGUCAGGUGUUGUGUUAAGGGCUCACUAUUGGAAGUGAAUGAUAAACUAAUCAAACAGCCAGAACUGCUUAAUUCUUCGGCAGAUAGAGAAGGAUACAUAGCCAUUAUUAUGCCAAAGCCAGCAGAUUGGCUGAAGGUCAAGGCUUCAUUACUAAGCCUUGAAGAAUACAAGAAAUUGAAUGAAUGUAGGUGAGCAUCAUGAUACUUGAAUCGGUUUCUUGGCCUCGGAGAAAACAUGAAAUACAGAAACAUGCUGCCUGACAAAGGCAUUUGCUGGGAAUCUCAGCAAAAGCAAGGCAAUUCAGAUGCUCUCUCUACCCCAUUUUUUAAUGUUGUUGUGUUAAAUUAUUUAUAUCAAUAAUGAUUUUGUAUGGAUAGAAUAAGAACAUUAAUUGAGUAAUUGGAUAAUGCUUUAUAAUGUAACUCUGAGCAAGAAUGCUGAGCGAAAACAGGGAAAUGCAGAUCUCUCUACUGAUGUUUUAUGUACA